GUGGUGAAAUGAGGACUGAGGAAGUAUUGAUUCCAAAAUAUCAUUCCUGAAAAAUCAAAGCCUCAACUUUCAAGAGAGCACCACAGAGGUAUUGCCAAGGAAGUCAAAAUUUUGAAAGCACUUUUGAAGGGAAAGAAAAGACUUGAGGGGCCACUGAGAUGCUCCAAGCAAGAGAAAAUGAGGAGAAAGACAAGAAACUUCAAACAGAAGACAGUUCAAGACAAUAAAACACUCACAGAAGUGAGUGACCAAGAAUCUGAAAAAGAUGGCCCUACAAUAAAUGAGAGAAUUCAGGCUGCAAAGAGACAGUAUGUGUGUACUGAGUGUGGGAAAGCCUUUAGUCAGAGUGCAAACCUCACAGUACAUGAACGAAUCCACACAGGAGAGAAACCCUAUAAGUGUAAGGAGUGUGGAAAAGCCUUUAGUCAUAGCUCCAACCUGGUUGUUCAUCGGAGAAUCCACACAGGAUUGAAGCCUUACACGUGCAGCGAAUGUGGGAAAUCUUUCAGUGGUAAGUCCCACCUUAUUCGGCACCAGGGAAUCCACAGUGGGGAGAAAACCUAUGAAUGUAAGGAGUGUGGGAAAGCCUUUAGUCGGAGUUCUGGCCUGAUUUCACAUCACAGAGUUCACACUGGUGAGAAGCCCUACACCUGUAUUGAAUGUGGAAAAGCCUUUAGCCGUAGUUCAAACCUUACUCAACAUCAGAGAAUGCACAAAGGAAAAAAAGUUUACAAGUGUAAGGAGUGUGGGAAAACAUGUGUUUCUAAUACAAAGAUUAUGGACCAUCAGAGAAUUCACACUGGUGAGAAGCCUUAUGAAUGUGAUGAGUGUGGAAAAGCUUUCAUCUUAAAGAAGACCCUUAAUGAACAUCAGCGACUUCAUCGUAGAGAGAAACCCUACAAAUGUAAUGAGUGUGGGAAAGCUUUUACUUCUAAUCGAAAUCUUAUUGAUCAUCAGAGAGUUCACACUGGAGAGAAACCCUAUAAAUGUAAUGAGUGUGGAAAAACCUUCAGGCAGACUUCACAAGUGAUUCUACAUUUGAGAACCCACACGAAGGAGAAACCUUAUAAGUGCAGUGAGUGUGGGAAGGCCUAUCGUUACAGCUCACAGCUUAUUCAACAUCAGAGAAAGCAUAAUGAGGAGAAAGAAAUGUCAUAAAUAACAUAUUGUUACAAAGUGGAGCUAAUUGCUGCUUUUGGGAAAAGCAGUUUUUCAGUAUUAUCAACCUUAAUUCUUUAAGAAAUCCACACAGGGAAAGUAAUCAGAAGUGAACAUAGAUUAACAGAAGGGGGUAUUCAUGCCAGCAUCAUGUAAAACUGGAGGAAGAAAACUAAAUUUUCGACAGAAUUGGGUUUAAGUGAAUGAUGGUCUAUCCAUAAGAUGGCUUUGCAUCCAUUGUAAAAAUUUUUUUAAAUAUUUAGUGCCAUGGAAGAAAUGAUUUGAAUAAAAUGAAAGAUAAAUGAAAGAGAAAAACAGUGAAAUAUACAAAAUUUUAAAAAAUAUAUGCAAAGGAAAAAAUGGAAAUGAAAUAAUACCAAGCCAAAAUAUUAACAAUGAUUAUCUUUGGGUAAUAGGAUUAUAGGUAAUUUCUAUUUUCUUCUUUAUACUUUUCUAUGCUUUUUAGAUUUUCUACAGUGAGAAUGUACCACUUUUAUAUUCAGGGCAAAAAAAAGUAGAGUAUUUUUUAAAUGCAGUGAGCACAUACCCAUUUUCAUUCAACAGUGUUAUGAAAGUUACAGACUCUAAAGUCCUAGGACUGCACCCUAAUACUGACCUUAGUAGAAGGGGAACCCUCAGCAAGUCACUUCCUUUUAGAGCCUGUUUCCUGUGUAUUAUAUCAUAAAUACCAGUUGUUGGCUUUUGCAGUUUUAAGAUAAACUGACUUUACAGUCAACAAAAUAUCUAAUCCACUUUCUUAAUCACUUUUAGGUUAAAAGAAAACAGUAAAAAUUUACUAUAUUCUCUCCCACUGCUGUAGAAGGAUGCAGAGAGAAUAAAGAACCAUCUAGGCUCCAUCUUUUCAAUAUAUGUCUACAGAACCAGAUAAAAAUACCCCCUUAUGAAAUUGGAACAAUUGCAGUUUCAUAACCUUUAAAGAGAGUCAGCAUAAUCUAACACAAGAGAAAUACUACCUUCACAUGUUUCAUAGACUUUAGUAGCUAAAAUUGCAGAGUUUUGGGUCAGAGAUAUAUAAGUUCUAGUUCCAGAUCUAUUAUGCACUAGCUUGCUAGUUUUGGACAAGACCCUUAAGUGCUCUGAGCUGUAGGUUUAUCUGUAAAAUGGGAGUAACUACCUACCUCACCAGAUUGUUGUGAGGAUUAAAUGAGAUAAUGCCUAUAAAUGUGUGACCAGCCUUUAUGUUCAGCCCUGUGAGAAGGCCUUAAUCUGUUUUCAGUAAGUAUUUUAAACUUUUAAGACAGCUCAGAAUCUGGGAAACCUUAGAAUUGCCCCAUUCUUAACUCAGUGGUUCCUCCUCCUUUGUAUACAAUGAAUGCCUAAGCCUGACACCAUUUGUCUUCUGCAUGUACAUUGUUUCAGGAACUACUGCGGAUUUGAUAUCCCAUUUGUAGAAGAAAAUGGAGUCUCAAGUGAGGCUAGGUGACUGGCUAAUAAGUGGUUUAAACCAGAAUUUGAACUCAGAUCAGACUUUCAAGUCCAUGCUUUCUGUGUUUUACCAAA